ACGAAUUUACCGUUCACUCCCCAAUCCCUCUCCUCUCUUCUGCUCCUUCUUCUCCGUUUUCCUUGUGCCGCUCGCAGUAGCGGUGCCGACGGUCAGCGCAGGCAGCCGGCGUCGUCAGAUUUUCUACUUCCUGAACGUCUGAGAAAUAUUUUGUGUAUUUAUCGAAGGCAGUAGGUUACCUGCCCUUGGCCAUGCCUGCUAUGAAGAAGAGCGCUGAAUGCAUCAGUAUUGGGCAAGUAUUUAGUAAACUGGUGAAGGAGAUUGGAAAUCCGGUGGAUUUUGAACUCCCUGAAUCGAUAGCAAAUUGGAAAAGCACUUCCUACAGCUAUAUCCGGCGCAAUGUAUAUUUGACAAAGAAAAUAAAAAGGCGUUUGGAGGAUGACGGCAUCUUCUGUGCAUGCCGCUCAUCAGCUGAAUCUCCAGGUGUUUGUGGUAGAGAUUGCCUUUGCGGUAUGCUAAGGUCUAGUUGUUCUGCUGGAUGUAUAUGCGGGAGCUCAUGUUUGAAUAAGCCAUUUCAUCAAAGACCUGUGAAGAAGAUGAAAGCCGUGCUGACUGAAAAAUGUGGAAUGGGAGUUGUGGCAGAAGAGGACAUCAGUCAAGGAGAGUUUGUGAUAGAAUAUGUAGGAGAAGUUAUUGAUGAUAAAACUUGUGAAGAAAGACUAUGGAAAAUGAAACACCGUGGAGAAACAAAUUUCUACCUAUGUGAGAUCAAUAGAGAUAUGGUGAUUGAUGCCACUUAUAAAGGAAACAAGUCAAGAUACAUUAACCAUAGUUGUUGUCCCAAUACAGAAAUGCAGAAAUGGAUGAUUGAUGGUGAAACAAGAAUUGGCAUAUUUGCAACCAAUGAUAUUAAGAAGGGAGAGCAUCUCACAUAUGAUUAUCAGUUUGUGCAAUUUGGUGCAGAUCAAGAUUGCCAUUGUGGUUCUAUAGGCUGCCGGAAAAAGCUGGGAGUUAAGCCCAAUAAACCAAAACUUCCUUCGUCAGAUGCAGCAUUGAAAAUAGUAGCAUGCCAGGUUGCUGCAUACUCUCCAAAAGUGAAAGCAACUGUAUCAAAUAGACCGGUUUACGCAAAUGGAGUUUCUGAUUUGGGAGCUUUACGACAUGAUUCUUUUCAGCUCAAGAAGAGGCGUCAAAAUUGCAUUGGUUCAGUAAUAAGAAUUCAUAAUGUUUCGGAGAAAAGAUCCUUUGGAAUAAUUCGACGGUUUGAUAGCAUCAGAAGACAACAUUUGAUCAUGUUUGAAGAUGGAAGCACCGAGUUUCUAGACUUGUCAAAAGAAAGCUGGGAAUUCUGUAAUUUCUAAAUGUAGCCGCAAG